AUGCGCUGGGAGCACUUUAUAACUCAAAAACUCGACUCUAGCAACGAAGCUAACGGUCAGUUCAUCAAUGUAGAUGAUAUGAAUGGUGCUAGGAAGAGGACUGCCGAUGAAGCUGAUCUCGCUUCUCACGAAGCAACAUUCGUCCAAGAAGAAGCAGAUGACGACGAUGACGAAUCUGGUGGUGUAGAAGAAAGUGGAAAGAGCACUAAACGAUCUGGACGUCGUAAAAUCAAGAUUGAAUUCAUCGAAGACAAGUCCCGUAGACACAUUACCUUUUCGAAAAGAAAGGCUGGCAUCAUGAAAAAGGCAUAUGAGCUCUCUACGCUUACUGGUACCCAGGUGCUCUUACUCGUCGCUUCCGAAACCGGUCAUGUAUAUACAUUUGCUACCCCGAAACUACAACCACUUAUCACUCAACCUACUGGCAAGAAUCUUAUUCAAGCUUGCUUGAAUGCUGCUGAGACCAUGCCAGUAGGAUCUUCAUCCGGUCCCAUAGUGCAGCAGCUAUCUCAAACACGACCAACACCUCCACUUGUACAACAACAGCAACAACAAAACCAGCAAAAGAAACAACCCUCAUCUAGAUCGUCGCCAGUCCUCGCACCUCAACAACAGGAACCACAACAUGUAUCAGAACAACAACUACACAAUAAAUUAGGUACUACAGCACCAGCACCAUCAUCAUCGUCUACUACUCUCCAACAGGCCCGUCCUAGAUCACCCUCAGACAUUCAUUCUACUUCUCGUGGCGCUGGCAACAUCGUAUACGAAGCAUACGGAAAUUCUAUACCAUCCAUCAAUACAUCGUCUCAUACAGGUUCCAAUACUCCAUCGUUAUCAUCUCACUAUGCUUAUGCGCAGUACUCGCUUCCUGAUGAUGGCAAAGGACAACAGCCAUAUGCCCCCAAGUUUUAUGAAGGUCCUCCUCCCACCACUGGCUACUAUCCAUCUGUAUCAUCGUCCUUUACCAACGCACCACGCCCAAUGUAUAACCCGAUAUAUGCUGCCCAUCCUCGAUCGGCAGCUCCACCACCAACAAACCUCAACCACGAAAGUAAAUAG